CAUGUAAUCAGCGCAGGUGGUCGCCACCGACAGAUGAGCUGUCCAAAACACAGAUCGUUGAACCUCGACGGUACGAGAAGCACUACCACCAAAGCUUUACUCCACACUUCAUUGUUGCUAUCACUCUGGCUUGUACAUCAUACAUGCUAACUCAAACCAGUUGAUGUCUGCCUGACCUAGCAUCAUGAUCUUCAUAGAUUUCCUGUUGGACCUAGUCUGGAUGCUCCUGAGUGUCCUGUACUACAUAGGAGAAGGCUUGGUCCUGUGCCUGGUCCCCACCAGCUUCCGUAAGAAUUCCAUUGAGGGGGAACUGGUCCUGAUCACGGGGGCCGGGAGUGGAAUCGGCCGGCUACAGGCCAUUAAGUUUGCCGCUGCGGGAUGUGAUGUUGUGCUAUGGGAUAUCAACACAAAAGGAAUUGAGGAGACGGCCCAAUUGGUGCGUAAGACAGGAAGGAAAGCCUGGUAUUGCAUUUGUGAUGUCAGCAAGAGGGAGAAGGUGUAUGAAGCCGCGGCAAAGGUCAAGCGAGAAGCCGGAGAGGUCACAAUACUGGUCAACAACGCAGGAAUCAUCGCCGGUCAUAAGUUUAUUAAUCUGACCGAUGAUGCGAUACAGAAGACCAUGGAAGUCAAUGCUUUAGCACAUGCAUGGACCCUGAAAGCAUUCCUUCCAGACAUGAUGAAGAGGGACCAUGGUCACAUUGUCACCAUCGCCAGCAUUAUGGGAGAGAUCUCUGCAGCAGGGAUGUCAGAGUACUGCAUGAGCAAGUUUGCUUCCGUCGGUCUGCACGAGGCCGUCUUGAGAGAGACGAGAGCUGCCGGUAAAUUAGGGAUCAACUUCACGCUGGUCAACCCUUACAUGAUCAACACUGGCAUGUUUGCUGGAACAAAGAUAAGAUAUGAAAUGAUAGUUCCGACUCUUGAGCCAGAGUAUGUAGCAGGGAAGGUGGUAGAGGCAGUGCAGACAAGAACAGCGUUAGUACGAACACCAGUCUUACUACAUCUCAUGGUACUCCUCAAAGAUAUAUUACCCCAGAAAGCAAUCUUUAGUAUGGAAGACUUCUUUGAGACGGCCAAAGCCAUGGAUAACUUUGUUGGAAGGCGGCACGUCAAGAGCAGCUAAGCACUAAUUAUUUUGCACCCGGGUAGGUUCUGCGAUGAGCGAGAAGUACCUCCAUCUCUUUCAAGUCAUUGCUAAUGCCAGUAGAUGGAGUUGUGAGAGUUAUAGAUAGAGCUACAUCGUCAGACAGGCACAUCUUAAGAGAUGAUGUAAAUUCUUGAAAAUAUUUAAGAGUUGUUGUGGAUCUUCAAAGUGCAGUGUUGUAAUUGCUGUGUUUUUCUUCAUUCAAGUGAAUUACCUCAAAUAGGCCAAGUCCUGAGUAGGAUUGGUAAGUGAUUUCAAAUAGGUGGAGAGUAGGGUAGAAGUGGUGAGUGAUUUUAGAUGAGUUCCUUAAAGGCAUCGUUUAACAAUGUUAAAUCUGAGAUGCACAGCCCUACGUGUUAUCAGUGUCUGUGAUAUGGUGUUAUAUUGAAGCAAACAAAAA